GAGCGAGAUGUUUCUCGUGUCUUUCAGAAGCAUGGCUUGCGACUGGAAAUGGAAAAGUCAACAGCUCGAGUCGGCAAAAUGGCCGAGUUUCCAUAUCUUAAAGCUUCCUCCUGGGUGAGUCUCAUGGACAAAAAGGGGCAACUGUUUCGGCUACUUGGCUUGGGCAGUUCCUGCAAUGAUAUGCAAGCAGCGGAGCCACACCUGCUUGAAUUCUGGUCGAGAUAUGAGCUAUCACACAAAUCCCAUGCAGUGUUUCAAGAGGCUCGCGAGGGCCGGCUGAGCUUGAAAGAUUGCAUUCCGUGCUAUCUCCACGGAGAUGAGGGAACAACCUUCAAAAAAGAUGGGGUACUGAUCCUAUCCUUUUAUUGUCCCAUCGGCCGUGGAGUCGCGGGGGCAAAAACUGGUGAAGACCCUGCUGCACUUUCCUUGAAUUUCGCCGGGCAUGGAUUCAAAACGAGAUUCGUGAUGGCAAGCCUUUUGAAGGAAGACUACAAGGAUGACCCGUCUGUAAUGCAGCAGCUGCUCAAGUUGAUCAUCGAGGACAUCGAUUGCUGCAGUCGGAAGCCGGAUGCGCCUUACAUCCAAACGUUCUAUGAGGUAGACCCUUGGACCGAGGAGCCCCUCUUUACAAGCACGCUGAUGCAUGAGAUUGGCAUUAAACCUGCAUUUUUCAAAGUGGACGCCUUCCAUACGGUGUCUUUAGGCAUCGGCAAAAACUUCGCAAGUGGUUCGCUAGCCUUGCUGCAAACUUUGUGCCGUGGAAAUACAAUUCCAGAACGCCUGGCCAUCCUGACAGCAGAUUACCUGGAGUUCUGCAAGGAGCAUCGGGUCACCAACUAUGUGCGAAAGAUUGACAAAGCCCUGCUGGGUUGGCAGCACUCUGCUGAUGGAUCCUGGAACAAAGCAUCCCUCACAACGGCGCUUUGCAAGUUUGUGGAUUUCUACUGCAAGGGCAAAAAUUUGGAACGGCAUGAUGAUGAAAUGCUUCGUUUGGUGGCUUCGGGUAUCCGCGCGCUCAACUAUUUCAUGUCCACACUCUACAAGAGCGAGUUGUUCCUGGAGCAGGGGUUGGCUCGAUCUGUUGCUCAAGCCGGUUGGCAUGUUUUAGCUGCCUACGGACGUCUUGCGCAGCUCACGUUUGAUGCUGGCAACCCCAAGUUCACUUUGAUCCCGAAGUUACGCAUGUACUGGCACGUUGUUUACAGCCUUCACAAGGACAGCAUGUCCUGCGCUUGGGUACUGAACCCCAUGGCAGAGAGCUGCAGUGUGGAGGAAGAUGUUAUUGGAAGAUAUGCCUUCCUCACUAGACAUGU